AAGCCGUGGUGGUAUUACCCUAUAAUCAACUCUGAAAUUGCACAUUUAUACUUUCUUUCUUCGUUUUGUUUCGUUCUCGUCCCAGAGUUGCGAUUUGAAGUAUGUGGGCAGUGAGUCGGCUUACAAACCUCUGGAUUCAUGGUACCUUUCUCUUCCAGUUCUCACGUCUGCACUUCAGACUGAAAUGCGUCUCCUCGUGUUCUAAGGCUGUGCCAUGCCUAAGUGAAGAUUGCGAUGAGUUCUUGCCGUGGUUAGAGCGGAAGGCAGGGGUCGAAAUUUCUUCACUUCUUUCGAUUGGGAAAUCUGGACAUGGCAGGUCAUUGUUAGCAUCGAAGUUCAUACGAGCUGGAGAUUGCAUACUGAAGGUUCCUUUUAGUGUGCAGAUUACACCAGACAAAAUCCUUCCCGAAAUUAGCUGGUUAUUAGGAGAUGAUGUUGGAUAUACUGCACGGCUUGCUAUUUUUAUUUUAGUCGAGAAGAAAAUGGGCCAGGACUCCAGAUGGGUCCCCUAUAUAAGCCGUCUUCCUCGGCCCGGGGAGCUUCAUUGCACUAUAUUCUGGAGUGAAGAUGAACUGGACAUGGUUCGAAAAAGUGCAAUAUAUCAUGAAACUGUCAAUCAACAAGCCCAACUUGAAAAGGAAUUUUUGGCAAUUAGACCAGUUCUUGAUCAUUUCCCUCAGAUUUUUGAAGAUGUUACACUGAAGGAUUUCAUGCAUGCAUAUGCUUUAGUUGGAUCCCGUGCAUGGGGAAGUUCUAAGGGUCUAUCUCUGAUUCCAUUUGCAGAUUUUCUAAAUCAUGAUGGGUUUUCAGAGGCAGUGUUGUUAAGUGACGAACAUAAACAAAUCUCUGAGGUUAUUGCUGAUAGGGAUUAUGCUCCUGGCGAAGAGGUUUUAAUAAGGUAUGGGAAGUUCCCAAACACCACACUCCUGCAGGACUUUGGAUUUACACUUCCAUACAACGUUCAUGAUCAGGUUCAGAUUUGGGUUGGUGUACCUCAACAUGAUCCUCUACGUAUGAUGAAAUUGGACCUUUUACGUAAACAUUGUGCCCAGACGGUCACAAAUACCGACGGUUUUGACUCGUUCAAGACUAAUUUUACAAUCAAGGAAGUAAGAUCUGCCAGUAGAAAAGGGAAGGGGAUUCCACAACCACUUCGUGCAUUUGCUCGUGUUUUAUCCACCACUUCUGUUGAAGAACUGGAGGAUUUGGUUUCGGAAGCUGCACAAAAUGAUGGCCGUCUGGCUCGACGUCCUCUACAGAACGAGAGUAGGGAGAUCCAAGCCCAUCAGUUCCUGCUUUCGCAAAUUUCACAAUUGAUUCAGGAAUAUGAAGUGUCUAUCAAGUCACUGAAUACUGACAAGCCUACCUCAGUUGGACGGCUCACUAUCCGAGCACAAAUGGCUCAAGAUCUCCUUGCUGGGGAACUUCGUGUCCUAAAGUCAGCAUCUACGUGGCUGAAGAAUUACUGUGCAACCUUAUCUACAGCAGAAGAUCAAUCAUGAGAGCAUGGUAAUGCCACCGGUGAUUUUGAAAAUUAACUGGAGAGUGAGUGGCCAAGAAGAGUGUGACAAGAAAUGUGGCUUCCAGAAUUCGAGUCGAAUAAAUAUCAUGGAUGUGAACUAUUGCAUUA